AUGGUUAGUAUUUAUAAUGAAAAAGAAUUACAUUUAAAAGCAAUAGAACAAAGUGUUAAGUCAUCGCAAAUUAAUGAAUGUCGUAAUAGAGAAGCAUCUUUUUCAAAUGCGUUAGCAUGGUUGUUAAUUGAUCGAGGAUAUUCUCUUCAACUCGGAAUAACUACAAUUAAAGAAUCUUUAAAAGUCAUUCAUUUUUACGUUUGGGAUUCAAUUAUUACUCCUAGUGGACAUGAAAUAACUAUUAAAGAAGAAGAAAAUAAUCUUCGAGAAUUAAUACUUAAGAUACAAAGUAAAUAUAGUGGACUUUCUUCUAAUGUUGUAACUCUUGCAAAUUUACAAAUUUCUCUUAGCGCCUUUCGCUCUCCUCUUUCUAUGUUUAUUCCAUCAAACCCAAGAAUAUUUUCUAUUCUCACUUCAUUCAGAUAUCCUUGUCAACCUUUUGAUUCUUAG